AUGGAGGACUCAUCAUCAACAACACUCAUCUUCGUCCUCAGUGCCUGGCACCGCCCGGAAUGCUACACAAAAGUCCUUCCACCCCUCGAAGCCUUGGACUACAAGACCGCCCUCGUGUCUCUCCCAUCAGUCGAUCCCUCGCCACCACCACCACCUCCACAGACAGGCAAGGAAGCAAAUCCAGACUCCAUGUUCUCCGGCGAAGUCCUCGCAAUCCGCUCAUCAAUCCUCUCCGCCAUAUCCACCAACCAAAAAGUCAUACUAUUGUGCAAUCACACGGCGGUCUCCCAGGAAGCGAAGCAGUCCGCGACCCGACUACGCCACCCGCCAAAAGAAUAA